GCUAGUUUUUCUUCCAAUGGAACAUUAACGUUUCCCGGCGCAGUAUUAGACUGUACUGGUAAAGCUUUAUCCAGUAUAUACUACUGUAGUACCUCCUGUACUCCUAUUUUUCCUUUUUACAUACACACUACACAAACCAACCAUGCCUAAAAGGAGCAAAGCAGCUGCAGGAGGAGAUUCAGCGCCCAAGAGGAGAUCUCUCAGGUUGAAAGAUAGACCUGCACCUGCAAAGGCAGAGCCCAAAGCUAAGCCAAAGAAGGGACCUGCUAAGCCCACUAAGAAAGCUAAGGAGGUAGAGAAGGCCAAGCCUGGGGAGAAAGCACCAGAGGCCCCUGCUGAGAACGGCGAAGCCAAAGCUGAGGAUGAGACACCAGCUACAGACGCAGCUGAACAAAAAGAUCAGGCAGCAGAAUAACAUCUCUAAAACUAUUGUCUUUUACCAGUGCUCCCUGUACCUCUUUUCUUGUACAAUUCAGGGUAAUAUUUUUAUCAACUAUUUUCUAAAUACAGGUUUUUUAGUAGUUUGAUUGUAUAGAACACUUUUUUUUAAUGAAAGAAAAAAGCCAAUUUGGAGACGGGAAUUUCAUCGCAUUCUACAAUUUUGCAUCGCCAUAAAAACUGCAGUCAUCGUUGUUACUGUCAGUGGAUUUAUUUCAGUUUUAAAUGUGAAGGAGGGGAGGGUGCGGGACUGGUUACCGUGUCAAUGCAUAAAACCUGGGGCACCAACAGAAAGAGCUUGCCCACCAUGAUUACAUUCCAUAUGCUUUUAUAAGGGACAGUGUAUGUAAUCUGUGCUGGGGUGGGGAUGGGCAAAGCCAAGGGAAAACUUAUUUUGUGGUUUAUAAUAAAGAACAGUGUUUUAGAAUGUUUGUAAGUGAUGUUCAUAUGAGUUAACUCUUGUACUGCUGCAAUUUUCUUAACAAAUCUGGUCAAUAAAAACUAAAAUUGCUAGUGUUUGAGCUUUGCAGAACUGUGCAUCACGUGUGUUGGUUGUGUCUCCGUUCUGUGAUAGCAUCUCAAUAAGUUUGUAUAGCUGCUGUGAAAUGGGUUUUCAGUCUUUCUGUAUGCAGUGUGUAAUGGUAUAUUGUAAGGAUGGUAAAAAUGAAUUUCUGUUUUUUAGGCAAGCAAAUGAGGCAUGUAACUGUAGAAAAACAAAUGUGUUAAGUUGGGCUUCUUAAAGGCAGUCAUGCAAACUACAUUAAUUUGAGAUGUCAUUUGCAUACCUGCAGUAGCAAUAUUCAUGUGGGUUUUAGGUAUCUGUAUCACGUACACGUGUAUUUGUUUAUAGAUGUACCUGUGUAAUGAUUGGUAUAAACAAACCAAUAAAAACUUGGUUGUUA